AUGAUGAACUAUUUGAAACGACGUUUCUCCUCCGGAGAUCUUCAAAAUGAAAAUGAUGACAGUACAAUGACAAUGCUGCCAACGUCAACGGAAUCUCAUAUGAAUAUGACAUCACAAAGUAAUAUAAGUCGUCCAUCAGCAUGGGAAUUAAAAUCAUCAAAGUAUACCAGUGCACCAAGUUCUCCUACUCGAAGUUUAUCGUUUGCAAAUCAGUUUAUGAAUGCUGCACGUGGUGUCGUUAAUCAAGCUAUUCAACAAAUACCACAUCAACCAACAGGAACAGGAUUAACAUCAUCGUCAUCUAUAUCUUACUCUCAUCCUCAUCAUCACCAUCAUCAUCAUCAGUCUCAAUUAACCCAAAAUAAAGAUCAACAACAAUCAAUAUCGAAAGAUAAACUCAAAUUAUUAUUAGUUAUUGAUGAUCAGCAUACUGAUUGGAGUAAAUAUUUCAAAGGCAAAAAAAUUUUUGCUGAUUAUGAUAUUCGUGUGGAACAGGCGGAAUUUAAAGACAUUAAUUUGGCAGCUUAUUCUGAUGCUGGCACUUUAGUUGAUAUAAAUAUUUACCGAAAUGGAACACAUGUCGUUCGAUCAUUUCGACCAGAUUUUGUACUCGUUCGACAGUAUGUCAGAGAUAUUAAUAUUGAUUGGACAAAUAUUAUUCUUGGUAUGCAAUAUGGAGCUCUACCUGGCGUUAAUUCAAUGAAAGCCUUGUAUAAUUUUCGAGAUAAACCAUGGAUUUUUGCUGAAUUACUUAAUAUUCAACGACGUUUAGGUACAGAUCAAUUUCCAUUAAUAAGUCAAGCUUAUUAUCCAAAUCAUCGAGAAAUGCUUAUUUCACCUCAAUUUCCAUCGGUUGUUAAAGUUGGACAAGCUCAUCAAGGUUUAGGAAAAAUUAGAGUUGAAAAUCCAUAUGAUUAUCAAGAUUUAACAAGUGUUGUUGCAAUAAGUAAUUGUUAUGCAACAGUUGAACCAUAUAUUGAUGGACGCUGUGAUGUUUAUGUACAAAAAAUUGGACAAUAUUAUAAAGCUUUUAUUCGAAAAUCAUUAACUGGUAAUUGGAAAGCUAAUACAGGUUCAGCCAUGCUUGAACAAAUUGAAAUGACUGAUAGGUAUCGUUUAUGGGUUGAUGAAGUUAGUCAAUUAUUUGGUGGACUUGAUAUAUGUGCUAUUGAAAUAGUUCAAUCAAAAGAUGGAAAAGAAUAUAUUGUACAGGUUAAUGAUUGUUGUAUGCAAUUAUUAGGCGAAUCACAAGAUGAAGAUCGUCGAUGUAUUGCAGAACUUGUAAUGCACAAAAUGCAAAUCUAUUGUCGACCUGAUAAACAACCAACUAUGAUGACUCGAGUACCAAGUAUUGAACAACCUAUUCAUGAAUUACCAAAAAUAACAAAAGUUCCAUCAACAUCGAAUGAUCCUAUAUCAGUUUCAACAACAAAUUCACAAAAUAUAUCAUCAUCAACAACACAAGUUUGUAAUAGCAAUCGUCGAGAAUUACCAAAUGUUCCACGUAAUACAACGAAUAUUGAUAAUCAAUCAUCAUCAACUAUAAGUCAAAAUCCAUUUUAUAAUCCUUCAACAACAAAUACUACGAAUAGUAUUAGUACAUCACGUUCAACACCAUCACAAUGGAUGGGAAAUAUAGGACAUACACUUCGUAAACAAACAUCAAAUGUAUCUGAUGGUGGAGAUUCUACUAAUAAAGAUGAAUCAGAAGAUACACUUGCAAAUUUAAAAAAAACAUUUGCUGGCAUUUUUGGCGAUAUAAUUUCCUGA